GUUAAAAAACACUAUAGGGAGGUCAGGUGUGUCUCGAGCGCGGUGAUAGCAGUGAUCGUCUGCACACCAACAGGAGCGAGGAAACGUUAUCUCAGAGCAAGAAUGGGCACACGUUUGAGUGACAGCAGCUGUACCAGGGAGCAACAGAGGAGGACAAAAGGAUGGUGUUUGGUCCUGAAAAGCUUCACAGUACUGAUCUCUCUCAUGAAAGAGCAAAUCUGCCUCUUUCUGCUGCUGUGUGCUCCCACACUCACUCAAUGCUUUCCAGUGACUGCAGCUCAAGGUGGACACGAUCCUGUGCAGCUGUUUUUCUGCAAGACCCCAGGAUGUGCCACUGAUGUGACUCGUGUGUUUUGCAAUGACAAGCUGGUCUUCAGUAACACUGACAUCAUAAGUUGCACAGGCCCUCCACCACCCAAUACUGUCUGCCAGCACAAUGGUCGGGCAUUCAUUUCCAGGGAUACACAUGGUGUCUGUGAGUUUGAAGGGGCCGAUGAUUAUAUGGAGACCAAAGAAUGUCCAGACCUGAGCAACAUUUGUGAUUUUAUCAAUGCUCCCACAUCAUCUCCCAUCCCCACCAAGGGUCAACAAAAUGUCAGGGAGGACCAUGCAAAAUGGGGAACCAUUGUUGGUGGAGUUCUUUGUUUGGUACUAAUAGUCUCUGGUCUCACUGCAUAUUUCUACUGUAAAAAGAGAAACAGAGACCGCAAUCAACAGCCAGCAAGUGACUCUGGUGUGACUUCACCCCUAAGAAACAUGCAAAGCUCUGGAGAAACCAGUGAGAGGGAUACUGACUGUGAUCCUGGACUGACUAAUGGCAGCCCUCCCUCUCAAUGUGACCCUGGAGCCUACACUGAAAAUUCUUGACUCCUACUGUCCUACUGUCCACUUGACAUGAGACAGGAUAAGCUGACUGCCAACUCUGACAACCUGCUUUACCUCCUGAACUGCUGCCCCCAACUGCUUCUUGCUUUUUACUUUCAUUAAAUAUGUAAAAUUGGUUUGUUUGAGCUCAAAAGGUUUUGUAUUUUUAUAAGUAAACAUUCCAGCUCCUGUCAAAAGUCUGCUCUCCCCCUCACCUGUUGCUGUGGGAAUUAUCCAAUCAUUCAGUCUCACUCUCUGCUCUGCCACACCCCUCAUUAGUUCAACCACUUUCACCUGGCGCUCCCACCUGCUCAUCAUCUCCAAUCAAGCCAGUAUAUAAGCUGCCUCGGCCCACUCCCUCUUUGUCAGAUUGUCUAUGCUGUGAUGCUAAGUCAUCUUGCCUUCAUCUCUGGACUGCCUUCCUGGUUCCUGAUCAGCUUGUCUCCGACCAUUGCUCCUCAUCUCUGCCCCGGUAAACCUACCAGCCUUCUGUCCCUGACUCUUAAGUUCUGCCUGCCUGUUCCUGGGUCUUUGUCUGCCUUGGGAGUGGAAAAUCAGGGUUCGAUUCCCGGUGGAGCCAUACUCAUCAGAACUGUGUUUCUCUGACCGUGCUACUAUUGCCUUGACGUUGUGUGGAAUAAAGACUGUAAAAUUUA